AUUAUUAAAGAUAUUAUAUUAAUUAUCUUAAAUACUGCUAAAAAUCUUAUAAUUUAUAAAUCUCUUAUUUACCUGCAAGCUAAAGACUCUGAUAAAAUUUAUAAGCCGUCAGCUACUCGUGAUAUCAAUGCCGAGACCUUGACAGCCACGCUUGAUGAAACUCUGUCUGCAGGAAAAAGGGCAGCACUGACAUUAGAGUUUAACGGAACGAUCAAUGAUGAUCCAAAAGGCCUCUACCGUUCGCCAUUUACGAAUAGCCAAGGCCAAACCGAGUAUAUUGUGACGACUCAAUUUGAGCUCGCUUACGCUCGGCGGGCAUUUCCCUGCUUCGACGAGCCUGCGCUCAAGGCCAAAUUCAUCGUCACUCUCAAGACAAACGACAACCUAGUUUGCCUCAGUAACACGGAUUCCAGGAGGUUGGACGACACAACCCUUGAAUUCGAUCAGACCCCUCCUAUGUCUACGUACCUCUUGGCCUUCGUUUUCGGGGACCUCAGAUGUCAUACAAACACAAACUUCAGCGCCCCAGUUCGUAUCUGGCUCACUCCAGACCAGAACCUUUCCCACGCCAGCCUCGCGGGACAAAUAGCUGCUCAAAGUCUGGAGUAUUUUGAAGAAGAGUUUUCAUGCAAGUACCCUCUAUCAAAGUUGGACGUGGUUGCUGUUUCCAACUUCGCGUAUGGAGCAGCAGAGAGUUGGGGUCUUAUUAUCGCCAAAGAUGAAAAUUUGCUUUGGGACAAGGAAAGCCACACUCCUAACAUAAAGGUUACCAUUAUUGGGGUACUUGUGCAUGAGAUAGUUCACCAGUGGCUUGGCAAUCUUGUUACAUGGGCUUGGUGGGAUGACUGGUGGUUAAAGGAGGGUCUCGUAGCCCUGAUCGCCAAUCAACGCUGUGCUCAACUCUUUCGAGAGUCGGGCCUCACUGGAGCUUCUGCUUUCCGUCUGACGCCUGAUCUACGCCAUGGUCUUCCCGACUGGACUCAUCCAGUCAAGGUCCCUGUUACGUCCCCAAACGACUUCUAUGAAACCACCAUUACUUAUAAAUCCUAUCAGAGAAGUCAGUAUAUACUGAACAUGGUCCAAAACUAUGUUACUGAUUCAAUAUUCCGGCAAGGAAUUCGGGAUUUCAUUGAGAAGCAUCAAUUUGGAAACGUUUGCGCGAAUCACCUCUGGAAAGUACUGGCACAACUUGGCCAUACACAAAUUGGAAACGUUGCGAGUUUCUGGGCCGAAACUGACGGCUACUCUGUUAUUGAGGUCACCGAAGAUGAUAACAAAGGUGCUAUACGAGUCAAACAAAGUCUAUUCCGUCGGACCACCGAUAUGACAAAGAACCAGAUCAUUCGCCCUAUGUUUAUGACGAUUAAAACAAGAAACGAAGUUCAGCAUCAUCUCAUUCAAUGGGAGGAUGAUCACGAGUACGAGGUGGACUUGCUCUUUUACAAACUCAACCUCAAUAACGUCGCCCCCUACUACACUCUGUAUACAGAAGAGAGGCUUUUAGAGCUUGCAAGGCAGUUCGGAAAUGGUCUAAUAGACACCAAUGGCAUGUUGGGCCUACUUGCUGAGACUACUAUCCUGACCACUGCUGGGUACCAAAGUUCAAGAACCUUAUUAUCAUUCAUCAAAUCUCUCAACCAUAUUAAUAAAUCUAUAAUAGAAUUAGAUAUUAAUAUCUUCAGGAGAUCUAUAAAGCUUAGAUAUUUAAACCCCAAGAUAAAAAAGAGAUCUUAA